AUGGCUGCCAUGGAUACCCGUCUGAAGUGCGACCCCCUGAUAGCUGUGGGGGACCUGCAGAGGUGCUUCAGGGAGCAAGUCCGACGGGCUGACCUUUGGCACACGGUGCAAUGUCCCCGUGGGGCUCAAUGGUCAUGGAAGACAGCCAUCAAUGUCGAAUGGCUUUACCAGAGCCGCUACUUGCUACAGGACCUGCUUGGGGUCGCUCCGAAUGCCGUUCUCCCGAGUGUCAAACUCCGAGCUGCAGUUCGCCGAUGCCUCGAGACCCCGGAGCUGAGGAUGUCCAAACACGGCAUGGACGUGGAAACUUACACGGAUGGCAUCGACCAGAGGGUCCGUGUCCUGAUGUCGCAACUUCGGGACUUGAAGAAGGACGAUAAGUAUUUCCCGGCAAUGAGGAAAGCCAGCUUGGAGGAAAGGGAAGGUCUGGACAAGUUGCUGACCUUCUUGCAGGACCCUGCAAGUGCGAAAACGGCUCAGAAAGCCGAGGCGAGCCAACCUUCGACUUCCUCAGCUUCUGCCUCCACGGCUUUGGUACUGUGGCAGCCGCCAAAGGACCAGGCAGCAGGCAGCUCGGUCUUCAGUAGAAUCCUCGCGAAAAAGGGCAGCGAGGAAUCUGAGUUUCGAGCAGACCCGCCUAAAGCUUCGCCGAGCAAAAGGCUUCGAGCUUCGCAGCCUUUUCGUGUGCGAGCUCUUUGUUCUCCUCGGAAGAACCAGGCUUCGCCUCGGAAGCAGGCUUCGCCUCGGGAGGCGGCCUUGUCCGACGUGCUGGACAGUGAGGCGGCGAAGGCCGUAGAUGAAGCUUUGGUGUCUUCGCCUACGAAGAAGAGGGCCUUGAAGAAACCAGCUGCUGCUUUCAAGAAACCAGCUGCUGCUACAAAGAAAAAGACCAAAAAAGCGCCGAAAACGGAGGAGGCUGCCACCGAGGAGGGAGAGAAAAAGAAGUUUAAAACUACCUUCAAGCACAGAAAAACGAGCCAGGCCUACCACCGGGAAAAGUGCCUUCAAGAGCGACUGGGCUUGUCUCCGCAGUCAGCGAAAAAGAAAGCCAGAGAGAAGAUGCGGGAAGUGGCCGCCCUCAUCGAUUCUGGCAAGCUCGUCGAGACUGACUGA